GGUGGAUAAUUGCCCUGCGUUAGGCAAGCUCACUCAGACGUUCCGGGGCGGUGAUGGGCUCUUGGGUCAAAGGCAACAGCUGUUUGGCGGCUGGACUGCUGCAGAACAAAGUGGCCAUCGUCACCGGCGGGGCCACGGGCAUCGGAAAAGCCAUCUCCAAGGAGCUCCUGCACUUGGGAUGUAAUGUGGUCAUUGCUUCUCGGAAGUUUGACAGAUUAAACUCUGCUGCAGAUGAACUAAGGGCCACCCUGCCUCCCAAUAGCCAGACUCAGAUCACUCCCAUACAGUGCAAUAUCCGGAAAGAAGAGGAGGUGGAUAAUUUGAUAAAAUCAACUUUAGCUGUUUAUGGUAAGAUCAAUUUCUUGGUAAACAAUGGAGGAGGCCAGUUCCUGUCUCCUACUGAGCAUAUCAAUUCAAGGGGAUGGAAUGCUGUGAUUGAAACCAAUCUGACUGGCACCUUCUACAUGUGUAAAGCAGCUUACAGUUUCUGGAUGAAAGAGCAUGGAGGGGCUAUUGUGAAUAUCAUUGUUCUUCUUAAAAAUGGAUUUCCAGGGUUUUCGCAUACCGGAGCUGCCAGAGCUGGUGUUUACAACCUCACCAAAUCCUUAGCUGUGGAGUGGGCUAGCAGUGGAGUAAGGAUCAACUGUGUUGCCCCUGGUAUAAUUUAUUCCCAAACAGCUGUCAGUAACUAUGGUGAUUUGGGACAAGGCAUGUUUGAAAGAGCCUUUCAGAACAUCCCAGCUAAACGAAUUGGAAUUCCGGAGGAGGUCUCUCCCCUGGUAUGCUUCCUGCUCUCCCCUGCGGCCUCCUUUAUCACUGGACAGGUGGUGGAUGUGGAUGGAGGCCAGUCUCUCUACACAAAUGGGACUGAAAUACCAGAUCACGACAAGUGGCCAGAAGGACCCGGAGACCUUUCCAUGGUCAGGAAGUUGAAGGAAUCGUUUAAGCAGAAGGCCAAGCUCUAGGCGAGGGCCAGGCUGCUGCUGCCGUCGUUCCGAGCGCCCUGACAUCUU